UCGCACACCACCGUCUUCUCCCCCCAACGAGCCGCCAGAAACAAACAACGAUAACGACGAAUCUGUGACUCGACAAGAAUCCAGGCAUUCCCCGUCAUAUCCAAAAACAAACAUUCCCUGACUCAAACACGGACAUUCUUCAGCAACAUCACCAUCACCCCUUGCCAGGCUCGGCUGGCGUCGAGAAUGUCACACCUGUGCUGUUGUUGGUCCUCGAUUCCUUAUCUUCCGUUGGUCGUUCCUCGUCCCCUGCCCCGGUCCCCAUCUAUCUACUACAAGAGUCAAGCCGCUAGCGGCAGGGAUCCAGAGACCUUGGCCAUGCACUGACUUGGGUUGUACAUUCGUUUGUGAAUCCGGGAUUCCUGGCAAGGGAGUGAAAGAGCCGCUCUCUCUCUCUCUUCCUCCAAACCACGCGCUCUCAGUCUGUGGACUUUGUGCCUGUGGGGCAACAUGAAGAGCAAAAGACGGCGGUGACUACCUCUCUCAUACUCUCUACUUUUUCUCUACCAUGCGCUUGUUCCGCCGCUCGUCCAUCCUGUCUCUGGUCCUCGGAGCACUCAUCCUGACGUUCCUCCUCCACAACAUCCGUAACAGGCAAUCAUACUUCGACGGCCAAGAUGGACCACUAUAUGACCCGUCUCUCUUCUCGGCCGGCACCGCCAAACCAGCUGGCGAGAACUACACCCGUGUCCUGGUCAUGGCGCGGCUCUCGACCGAAGACACGUCCUGGCUGGACAGGGACCUCCCCGAGCUGCCCAAGAUGAUCUACACGGUCGACUCGGCGGACUCUGGGCUGCCGGCGAACAAAGGCCGCGAGGCCAUGGCAUACCUCACCUACAUCAUCGACCACUACGACUCUCUGCCGGACGUUGUGCUGUUUUUCCACCCGCGCAAGAGAAGCUGGCACAACAACAUCGUGCUGGACACCGACACGGCCAUCACGAUCAAGCUGCUCUCGGACGCCCACGUCGUGCGCCAGGGCUACUUCAACACGCGCUGCCACCUGGACCCCGGCUGCCCGGAUUGGCUGCACGUCGACCGGCCGCGCCGGCAGCACGACCUGCGCCGCAAGCCCGAAGAACUGGCGCUGACCUCGGGCCUGUUCCACGACCUGUUCGGGGCCGACGUGCCCGUCCCGCGCGCCCUCUCCCAGCCGUGCUGUGCCCAGUUCGCGGUGUCGGGCGCGCGCAUCCGCCAGCGUCCCUUGCACGAGUACGUGCACUACCGCGCCUGGCUCCUGCGGACCGCGCUCGACGACAGCACCGCAGGCCGCAUCCUGGAGUACGUGUGGCAGUACAUCUUCACGGGCGUCUUUGAAUUCUGCCCGUCCCGGCACCGGUGCUACUGCGACGGGUACGGGAUCUGCUUCGAGGGCGGCAAGGACGGGCUGCGCCGGUGGCUGGACGCGUUCGGCGCCAAGGAGGCGCUGGACGCGGAGCUGCUGGCGCGGUGGGAGGGCGGGGACAAGGGCGGCAGCGACAAGUUCAAGACCCUCAAGAACCGCAGCGGCAGGCUGGGCAGGGAGUUGGACGACGCCAGAGAGCAGGCUGUUCGGAGGGGGUUCGAUCCGCAGACCAGGGCGCGGGAGUGCGGCCGCGAGUGGCACGAGGGCAAUGGCUUUUGAAGAAGAGAAAGAAGCCAUCCUCUCGCCGGCUCCUCGCAUCGCCGACUCCGAUACUGUGACCAUCAAGCCUACAUAUCCUGCCGGACUCCCGUUGUCCGCCAGCAUUGCUGCCGCGGCUAUACACUGGGAGGAAAUCACAGCAUGAGAAAGAACAAACGCCACCCAUCUCUGCCCGCACCCCUGCCGGCACGAGCACUAUCCCUCCCUCCUCAACCCACCAGGGCCCCAACACGCGAGCCGAACUCGAGCCAACAUCUCGCACAGACACGAACGUACGGCCUCACGCGGCUCUCCCAUCAUCUCGGUAAGGCAAAGGGCUGUCGACAACUCCCUCAUGCGCAUGAGCGUAUCUCACGGAUCACGGAAAUGAAAGGCGGACAGGGGGGAAUGGGCGCGCGAAAUGCUCGAAUUGGGGCAGCCCCGGCGCAAAAAGACAGGUAUCUACCUACCUACGCGACAGCGCUGGUCGACAGUGCGAGGGACCAGGAAAGCGUCUAGUGACAGGUCUGGCGAGGCAGGACAAACAAUUACCUACUACGGACAGAGCAGAGCAUCAUGUUGGAGGAUGGGAAGCAGCUACACUUGGCAACACAUGAGAUGAUCCGUCUUUUCUUCGUGCCUAAACUGAUCAUACAAGAUUUCUCUGUUCCAUUGAGAUUCCUGCGACGUAUUUGGAAAGGCAGCUCCGACAAGACCAGUUCUGCGCCGACAAUUCAUUGAUGCUUUUGGAAGCAGCAACGCUCUCCUAGCAACGGGUUUCGUUCGAGCAGAACAAUCAUAAAAUAUCG